AUGAUCUUCUUGAAGAGCAGUGACGGUGAUCAUCUGGAUUCUAAUUUCAAUGACAUUAAUGGCGCUGUUCAAGUCGAGAAAGAUGGCAGCUUCCAGCUUCGUGGAUGCGGCUACAGUGAUGAAAACAGCGGCACCUCUGGAGAUACUGCCAACUUCAAGCUUUACCUGUUCAUUCGUCACUACUGUCAGACGAGUGGCAGUGACCCUAAUUUGGACAAAAUCGUUUUGGACGUUAAAGGGGAUGAUUAUGACGUCGGGAGAAUAUUACUGGGCCGCGAUUCACCGUCGUCGUCCACAGCUUUAGCAGCACAUGACCAAAUUCCAAAAUCAAGCGCUACAAAUCCAAGCACUACAGAACAAACUACUAAUCAACCAAGCAGUGCAAAACAACAUCCUGCACAGCCACAAACUGCCAAAGUACGUCCUUCUACCAACACGUGGAUGGCCAGUUGUGUAGACGGAGUCUGUAACACGUGCCCACCUGCUGAACCAUGCGAUGAAACAUGCUGA